AUGGGUUAUGGUAAACGUGCCUUACAGAUGCUGAUUCAAUAUUAUGAAGGCAAGAUAGCGAAUCUCUCAGAGGACACAGUACAGUCCGCAGACCAAGAAAUCCAACCAACUGAGUUGAAUGAGGUAGAAAUUUCUUGCAGUUUUGCAUGGCUAAUGAUAUACAAUUAUUGGACGAGAUCUGCGAGCCACUGACAAUUCGCGAUAUUUUGCGAUAUUCGAGUUCAAUAAUUGUUUUAUUAUUUGCUUAUAUUAUUCAUUUUCGAAAUUUUGUGGCCGUCACGAAGUUCGACAAAUCUGUACAAUAACAACAUCUGAAAAUUUAACAAGCCAUGUUUACUUUUGUGUUUAUUUGAAUUGCUUUUCAAAAAUCCUAGAUAUCCGCAUGCGUAAAUCGAUAUUUUGUAAAUGAGAAUUGAUUUCAAAAGUGCGCAUGCUCAGACCAUUGUUUGCACCAGUUAUUUGCAGCUGACGUAUUUAUUUAUUCUCAUCAGUUAUUUAUAGGAAAAUUAGCGAAUCAUGUUUGAGAAAACGAAUAAGUAAAUGAUAAUAUCAGUUAUGGUUUGUGGUAACACCACGUGACUUUAUUACCCCCGGUUCUGGUGUACGGGCAAGGGUGAUAUAUACGUACCCGUAGCCAUAAAUCGGGAAAUACGACAUGCAACUUUGAGAAAUCCAAGAUAUUCCGGAUAGUCGGCCUGAUAGAGAAUCAGAAAUGAAUGAAAAUUCGCCAUAUCGGGGCAAUUCCAUUUUCCCUUCAUCUUGGGCCUUUAACCAGAUGAUCUUGAUACGCGGAAAAGUACUGGCACUAGUUGUCAAAUAGAAAUCCAUUUUGUGAUGAAAACAACUGAAUAUCUCCUGUAAUAUGCUUUAUUUCGAUUCCAUAUUUUUGUCAGAGCUAUAGUUCUCAUAACCAAACAUAAUUACAAAAUUUCAACUAGUUUCAUAAAGAAUAACGAAAGCUAUAAUUGACUGAAUACAUCAAAAUGGAUUUCUAUUCGGACAACCUUUUCUGAGCGCUGAUUGGCUAAAAUACGAACACGAGUUCACCUGGAAAGUUGGUAAGUACAUUUGUGCAUGUCGCCAGCGUUCAAAUGUCUUGUGGGCUGCCAACACUUUUUUCUUGGAUUUUCCUAUUAAACUCCUAUAUUGUUAAAGACGUGAAAUUUCAGGUGCAUUUAUAGAAAAAAUAACUUGCAUCAUCAUCACAAAGCUGACGAAAAACUACAUGCAAGACCUUUAAACGGUUACCUUAAUUUUUCAAGGUCUUCUUAGGUCUUGAGCUUUUGAAAACGUUUUUUGAAAACUUUUCUCACCUAACUGAGAUCUGCAUGCCAUUUGUUAACGCAUAUAAAAUUUAAUUUAUUUGUUUAUUUAUAUAGCUUUGCCAACUAGGGCAGGGUCACCACAACAGCCUAUGCCAAUUACUGUGGGCCCUCUUUACCGAACCCACCCUGUCAACUUUCCCUGUGGGAGGAAACCGGAGUACCUGGGGACAACCCACGACUUUCGGCAGAGCGUUGACUUUUACUCUUUUCACGUGAGGACUGGGUUCGAGUCGCAUUGAGAAAGUUCUCACUGAGGUGUGAACCUGCGACCUCAGAGGUGAAAGGCAAGUGCGCUAACCACUUCGCCAGCGAAGCCCCAUGUGUUCAUAUGAGAAACGAGCCAGCCUGGCUAAGCGAGAUCUCGCCUUGCGCUAGGUCGCAUUUCAAUUGAGUGGGAUAAAAUUUUCCAUAUCGAAGGAUCUGCUCCAAAAAACAUACCUUGACCUGAUUGAACAAACACUAUUAAAGUCAUCAUUGUUUAAUUACAACAAAAAUAUUUCAAUGCCGCAAUGUUUAGAGUAAUUAUCGAAGGCCUUUGGUAUUUUUCAUUAUUUCGUGUUCCUUGUAGUCUGGUGAUUUAGUGAAAGAAACUAUUGGACCUCGUAGUAAUCUGCCGCCAUUGUUACUGAAACUGAACGAACGCUCUGCAGAGAAACUGGAUUACCUUGGCGUAUCUUAUGGACUCACCAAUGAUCUCUUACGGUUUGUAUAACGUAUAGCCUUUUUCUAGUUCUAUAUAUAUAAUAGUAGUAUAACGUGGACUUUUUCUAUUUCUAUAUAGAGCAGUAUCAAUAACAGUAGUAUAACGUGGCUUUGUUCUUGCAGUAUAUUGAAAUACAUGCUAUGCCAAAAAGUAUUUCGCAUGAAAUCAAUUUUAAGAACGGAAAAAUUAGACAAAGGAAACAACAUCAUCUUCCAUAUUUUUGCAAAAAAGUAAUUCGUUGUAAAUUUUAAAUUUGUUCCUAAGUAAUUUAAAGUAAAGGCAAGCUGUUUGUUCAUUCUUUCCUUAAAAAACCUGUAAAUAGCGCUCCGUCUUGCCCAAAAGCAAGUCUUGUCCCUUCUUCUCCCGAAAGUAGCGCCCCCUUCACCCUCUUGAAAGAUGCGCUCCCUUCACCCUCCCGAAAUUAGGGGCCCUAAAAUUUAGCGGGAAAUAUGAGUGUUUAAUAAAAUUCCAGAAAGUAGCGGCCUGCAUGCCCGUAAAUGUCAGUCAUCGCUUUCUUAAUUGACUCGAAAGUGCUAUGUUAGUGUUUAGCAAACAAAGUCUUGAUAUAAUAAAAAAUAAAAAGUAAAUUAACUGAAAUGUGUUAAACAGAAAGGGGCACAGAAGAAUAUUCCACAGAAUAUGUUAACAUAAUUUACCACCCUAAAGUAGACCCCCUGUAGUAGCGCUCCCCGAAAGUAACGCCCCCAACAGCGGAUAAAACCGAAAGUAAUGGGCCUCUACUUUCGGGAUGCUAUACGGUGUUUACAUUUGUCUAGUUCAUAAUAAAAUUUUCAUUAUUCACUUUCAUUUCAACACUCGUUAGCUUUUCAAUACAACCUCAAAUUCGCUCAUGCAUCGGACCUAUUCACUCUUCGUCAUCUUUUUGUGAAUACUUCUCUGCAUAACAUUUAGCGAGAAGUUGCGCUGAACGUUUUGAGGAAAAUUGCCUCGUGCAGGUUUCGCGGAAUUUGUGAAAAAUCAAACGAAAGCAGGCCAGCAAUUUACUAUUUCAGUACACUAUUCCUGUACUGUUGUUGACAUUUCUUAAGAGCGAUUGGCUGGAUUCAACCGCGGGAAAGGCCUAGCGAAAUUCGUCAGUUGAUCCUAAAUUAAUAAAGUAACCUUACCGAAAUGCCAGUAUGCAGCAUGUGUUUCCUUCCAUAUCGAAAUAUCUUCAUUGUUCAUCCCAAAGGCAUAAAGUUAUACGAAAAUAUCGAUAUAAAUAUGUAGAACCUGUAGGGCCGCGCUCGAAGGACAUAAAUGAACAAAUGCAAAAAUCCGAACAAACAGCUAAAACGUGACUUCACACGCGUAUCCACCACUCUCCCUCUUCAAUGUAAGUUGCAUGUCCGCGUUAUCUGCACUUCAUAUGUGAUGAAAAAUUCCAUUCAACGUUGACUUGGAGGAGGGGGGGGGGGGGAAUAUUUAUUUAGAGAAACGCCAUUCUAGGCCAAUGUCUGUGUUAUCUAUAACGUUUUGGCCGGAAAUGCAGGCCUUCUCGCUUCUCGUCUCUCGCCAGCGCGCCUAUAUAGCGUCGUCGUGGAAGCGAAAGGCAUGCGGAACUGGGUUGUCGUUCGCUGUGAAUUCAAAUCAGGAAAGUACUGAUUGCAAGUUAGGAAAAAUGUUCCUGACCUCGCCUGAUGAUAGGUCACAAAUUUAGUCGGAAUUUGCCGGCUGUCUACCUGAAUCCCUAGGCCUACUCGUGCAACUUAGCCUUAAAAUAUAAGCGUACUUAAAAAUGUAUUCUUGAAAGAAAAACCACACGUGAAGCCAACCACAUAUUAUCAGUGAUAUGUUAAAUGUCUCACAGAGGAUUUUUGAUCCCGUUUAGAUUUUGGAAGAAGUCAUCGUUUGUUCCUGUUUACAUAAGACAGACUGCUGUAAGUAAAUGAAUGUUGUAUAUUCCAUUUCUCAUCUUUGUAAAUCAUCGUCGAUUUUGAGCCGACCAUAUACUAGCAUUGCAAUAAGGUUUUUCACACGAUUUUAUGAAUUGGACAGUUCAACAUCAAUUAUUUACCCAUGUAGAAUGAACUCACGGGUGAACAUUCUUGCAUUAUGUUACGACGUCUUGAUCACGUGGAUGAAAGUAACACCGCUGAUUGGCUUCAAGCAUUUUGGACUGGUUAGUUACUCAUUGAAAAGUCAACAUUAUGUAGCUUGAUACACUAAUGGUAUAUACAGGGUGUAUAAAAAAUGCCAAAGUGAUUUGUACAGAGUGUCCCCAAAAAAACCUGACACUGUUUGAUUUCAUGUAACGUAAAAGCUAUAAACGCUAUCGCAAUGAAAUAACGAUCAUUGCAUUCAGAAAGGACUAACUUGAAUUUACAUGCAAUAGUGAGCGAGAUACAACCAAAAUAAAAAUAUUUAUUAUUUAACAAGUUUAACUACAUCGGUAAUUAUAAGGUGUUUUAUGCUAAUUUUUGGCAUUUUCAGAAACAGUAGGCUAGUUCAACGUUCAAACAUCAAUAGCGCAGUCAAUAUUGCAUGUAAAUUCAAGUGCUAUAUAUCAAAAUCUAAGUUUAAGUUAGUCCUUUCUGAACGCAUGCAAUGAUCUUUAUUUCAUUGCGACAGCUUUUACAGCUUUUACGUUACAUGAAAUCAAACGGUGUCCAGUUUUUUUGGGAAAUCCGGUAGAUGAAAAUUUCGAGUGGAGUUUUUAUACAUUUAUAUUAGACCCAAAUAGGAGCAUUUACGACAAAUACAUCAAAAUUCCGCUCAAAAUCCCCAUGCAUCUACAAAUCCCUUCGACAAUUACAGUAGUUGUGUCUUGUUAGAUGCUCAGCAUCCAGAUAGGUAUAAAAAUACAUUAUACAUUACUGUGCGGGUUAACCCCCCCGCGGAAUUAGGUUGAUAGAACCCCCCUGAACUAGAUCACGUGACGAACUCGUGUUGUUGUUGUUGAGACUUGAGAGAAAAUUAUAUUGUUAUUUUAUUUCGUGAGCAUUAACUUUAUGUCGUUAUAAUUUGAUUAUUCGAGCUUUUAUAAAUAAAGUUUUUAUGUUUAAUUAUUUGUGAGUGUAUAUCGGAACGAUUCGGUAUAAAAUGGUGCCGUGACCAGGAUUUAAAGUCGAUUUAAAAUGGUAGAAACCACCGAUGGAAGCGAGCGUACAAUGGCGGAAGUGGAGGCGAUCAAAACAAACGAAGACAUUUCGCGAAUGGAAAACAGUAUCAAGAAGGAGAUUUCUAAAUUGAAAUAUUUAUCUAGAACCAGCCGAUGAGUUAAUAGAGUCUAAAGACUACGAAGAAAUGGCGAUUGUUGCGCAAAGAACGGCGACAAUUUGCGAAACUUUAACGGAUAUUAUAUUGAAUGCUGUGGAGUUAAAAAUAGAGCUUAACAUGACACCUCGAGGCGUGAGACAGUGGAGAAACGAUGUUAAAUCAAGUUAUUCGACGUUACUUGAGGAAAGAGAAAAGAUUAUCGAAGCUUUACGUGAGAGAGAUCAAGAAAUAAAACAAGACGAAGAAAUGAAAGCUAUCGAAGCAGAAAAACGACAACAAGAGAGAGUAGAGAGGCAACAAGACGAAGCCAGAGCCAGACAGGAAGAAAUUGACGAAC